ACUGCAGAGUGUGUGAAGAUAUGUGUGUUUCAUCGCCCAACGGUUUGCGAUGUGCAUGCAAAGGUGGCUUUCAUUUCAACCCAGCCAACUUAAGCGCUUGUCUACCCAUCAGUUCAGCGUGCAAUCGAGGCUUCUACAUUAACCCACAGACGAGGACUUGUGAAGAUUUAAACGAAUGCCUAGUCAGACCUUGUGAGCAGCAGUGCAACAACAGAGCGGGCGAUUUCGAGUGCACUUGUAGACCUGGAUUCAUUGUCAACCCACAAGACCGCUACAGGUGUAUUGCGUCCACUUCAGCGGCCACUUCAGUGAUCACUUCAGCAAACACUGCCGACAGAAUUGCAGUGUGCCAGAUAGGAUUCUACAGAAACCCAAGGACUGGACUUUGCGAAGCUGAGCCAAGAGGAUGUCCUCCAGGAUACGUAGUUAACCCAAGAAACACCAGCAGUUGUACAGACAUCGACGAAUGCCAGACACCAGGACUGUGCGAAGACAAAUGUGUCAACCUAAAUGGCGGCUACCGGUGUUCCUGCUUCAGCGGAUCUGAAGUCAGCUCCGCAGACUGGACAAGUUGCGAGAAAAUUCGAGUGUGCACGUAUCCCAAGGACGUGAUUGUUCUCAUCGACACCACAACAAGCGUAGGACCCACCAACUACAAGCUGCUGCUUUCCUUCAUCGCUGAGUUUAUUCGGCACUUCCAAUACGGCAACAGCAGAACAAAAGUUGCUGCCCUUUUGUACAGCGAUAUAGUGCGACAGUUGUUUGAUCUUGACGAUUACGAGUCCCAGGAAGAUGUCAUUAAUGCGAUCUUGGCUGCCCCAUAUCUGGGCGGGAACACAAUGCUUAACCUGGCGUUUGACUACGUUCGAGAGAAUGCUCUGUUCGAUACAAUCAGGGGUGGUAGGUCAAAUGCUCCUGACUUCGUUAUCGUGUUUAUCGACGGCCCUUCCAUGAAUUCUGCUCUUGCAAGGGCAGCAGCUGAAAACCUCAAAAACCAGGACGUGACAAUCAUUGUUGUAGCUAUCGGCAACGAGGUGUCGGUGGCAGAGCUGAGCAGUGUGGCGAGCACACCGGGAGACCUGCUCCUCGUUCAGGGCGGCUUUGAAUACCUGGACUACGUUCAGCAGAAGCUUGAUCGGCGCGUCUGCUCAGAAACCGACGAUUAA